UCGUUGUAACUACAACCUGGGCAAGUCCAUUUUCUGCAGCAAGACAACCUUCAGCCCAAAACAAUGUUUGAUCUACAUGUAACAACGGGGAUUGUAGCAAGCGUGGUUUGCUUUCUUCUCUAUGCAGUACCAAUAUUGACAUUCAAAAGAGUGAUAAGGAAGGGCAGUGUAGAAGAAUUCUCAUGCAUACCGUAUAUCUUAACUUUGUUUAGUAACCUCACCUAUACUUGGUAUGGCCUUCCGGUAGUGAGCUCUGGGUGGGAGAACUGGACUCUCUCCGGCAUCAGCUCAAUAGGAGUGCUCUUUUCAAGCACAUUUAUUAUUAUAUACACAUGGUUUGCACCUCGAGGAAAAAAGAAGCUUAUCAUGAUGAUGGUAUCUCCGCUUGUAAUAAUCGUUGUUUCGGCUGUACUUUUGUCAAGCUUCGCAAUGCACACCCACCAAAUGCGUAAAGCAUUUGUCGGUAGCAUUAAUCUGGUGGCUUCCGUAUUAAUGUAUGGCUCUCCAUUGGUAGCUGUGAAACAAGUUAUCAGGACAAAAAGUGUGGAGUUCAUGCCAUUCUACUUGUCAUUGUUUUCCUUCUUGACAAGUUUACUGUGGAUGUUAUACGGGAUACUAGGAAAGGAUCCUUUUCUCACGGCACCAAGCGCCAUCGGCUGUUUAAUGGGUAUCAUUCAGUUGAUUGUGUACUGCAUUUACAGCAAAUGCAAGGAAGCACCCAAAACGAAUCCUGAUAUUGAGCGAGCAGAUGUAAUGAAAGUUUCAGCUAGUCAAGAGGACACAAAGGGACAAAAGCCAUAAUCCGAAAUCCAAACUACUUAUUUUUCUGCGACAGUUACAUUUUGUUUUCUUCCCGGAAGAAGUGACCCUUGUACCCGUAUAAUGCGAGAAGAAAUAAUGCUGCAAUAUGUUUCUAGUCCAAGAUUACAAAGAUAAAUCAUUUGUUAA